AACAACUGCAAUCGGYAAACGGAGUGCUUCAAAAACUGAUGGGAACUCUUGUUCUUCUUACGGCCUACAGCACAACCUAUUUUAGCUUUUUAACAAUGAAGUUACUAUUAUCUUAUUCUAAAGCUUUUUGUGAGCAAGUGUCGAGUGAGGAAGAAUUAAGUUUUUUAGAAGAAAAURUCAAACAAAGUAAAUUAUAUGCAUACAUUAUCCUUGGUCUUUUUAAUUGCUAUGGUUUCUCAGUAGUAACACCGUGCAUUGUAAAAUUAUGUCUUUAUUUUUUAGGAACAUUGGACGAUAAUAAUUUACCACUGAUAAUACCCGUUGAUAUCACCAAAGCAGGAGUGCAUUAUUUUUGUUUGUUCAUUUAUCAAAUAACUGCAUUUAUUAUAAUUUUGACAUUAGGUGGUGUGAGUUUCUCAGCAUUUUUGCUUACUGUCUUAUUCGCGUCCUAUCAGUUUCGUGUAUUAAUGUACGUUUUCAAUGAUUAAAUCAAUCUUAUAAUAGUAGUAAUUUAUUUA